CGGACCGUGAGUCUGGGUUGAUGAUGCCAUUGAUGCCAAUGGUCGAGGCAACGUUGACGUUGAUGAGGGCCACCAUCAUCCAUGGCAUUUGGAGUCCGCAAACUUAAAGCGUUUAAAAGAACAGAGGAAGCCCCGUCUCUCACAAAAUACCGUUGGAGCCGAGGAUAGGCUUCGUUGUGAACGCUCAGGGUGACGCUCUGGGAUGCAUGAGAUGCAAGGAGGUCACUCAAGCGCACCGGGGGCGCUACGAGGAUUAGAAUGCGCUGCAAUCUCAUUGGGCGGUUGUAGAGGAAUGCUGACAGGGCGCAGCCGCCUUCGCUAGAAAGGCAAACUUGAAUUUCAGGCUUUGAUCAGAAGUCCACCUGCCUGGGAUCUAGCCAAAUGCUUGCAGUUAAAGCAGGUGAUUUGUGAAGUGAGGUUCAUUUUGGUCGGCUGUAUUCUUCAGGGACCACCCUGACCAGGGGCAUCUCAAUAUGAAAGGAGAGUACAACUGGUAGGGAACCACACCACUCAGGGAUCCCCUGUCACAGUCUAGGUUCAGGAAGGGAAGGGUAGACUAUUCCAAUAAGAAUAGAGUGUCUAGCAAGGAAGUGCAGCUGCCUGCUGCUAAUCUAUGUCCCUCGCCGUGCCCUCCAUCCGCAUGACGGCCUUUCUGGCCGUCCAAACAAAACCAGGUUAGCGUCAUAGAAUCACUUGACCAGCGAUGCACCGGCAGCCAAUGAGCAGCGUCGGCAGCAGCCUGGACGAGUACGGCAGGGCCGAGAUGGAGUGCGACAUCCCCCGCGUGCCCAGCGAGCGCUCGAUGAGCUCAAAAGGGGCGACUAACGGACUCCGCACCCCCAGCCGCCGCACGCCCUCCCCCAAGCGCUUUGAGAAGCACCCCCUGCUUCGGUUUUUGACCGGACAGGCGCUCCUGAACGUCCUGCUAGCGGUCUACAUCGUGUUCACCCUCCACUACUUUUACAGCCAGAACACCCUGAGCUCCUCGGGGUGCAUUGACGCGAUGUCGGGCGCGUCGCCGAACGAGCUGCAGUACGUGCACAACCAGGCGCGCCCGGUGUUGUUACAUAGCAGUAGGAAGGUGCAGGCGGGGAUCGUGAAUGGGUGGCACGAUCCGAGGACCACGGUGGCGACGUGUACGACGCACUGGGCGAAGGGGAUCGACAGGGUGGCGGCCGAGAAGCUGAAGAAGAUGAGGAUCUUCUUCUCGCUGAACCUGCGGGACAACGAUGGAGUCACGGCGCACCUGUUCCAUGAGCUGACCCGGGUUCUGGAGCGGCUCUCUCCCCACAAAACGUUUCUCUCCAUCUACGAAAGCGGGUCCACAGACGCAACUAGUCUGAGGCUGGAAACACUGGCGGCUACGCUGAACGGGAUGGAGAUCCCGCAUUCAAUAGUCGCGAACGGGAUCGAGAAGCAUGUGCACGAGACACGCAUCGAGUUCCUGGCGAAGGUCCGGAAUAAAGGGCUUGCUCCGCUUUUGCGACAGAUCUGGGACGGCCCUCACGGCAACGAGACCGGGCGCUACUUUGCGAUGCAACCAUCGUCAGAGAGCCCCCUCACGGGAAUCGACGUCUGGUCUGACGAUCGUCAAGUUCUGGGAAUAGAGCUCUACACGGGAAAGAACAAGGCCGGCCGGUUUGGCUCUCCGGGGGGGGUCAAGCGGUCGCUGCAUCUAGAGUUGGGAGAAGAAUUUGUCGAGGCGGAAGGGAGCGGGGAAAACCAGGUUUUGUCCCUGUGGAUAACGACGAGUCAGGGGCGGAAGGUGGGGGGAGGCUGUGCCACGUGUGUGCGCCAGUGGAUGACGCGUGGAAAGAGGCUAUUGGCCAUCGCGGGGUUCGGGGGGUGGGGCUUUGAGCUGCAGCCGGGCGUGAACUCGAUCAGCUUUGCGUGGGAGCUGCCACGGCAGGCGCGGAGAUACGACCGCGUGGUCUACCUGAAUGACGUCUACUUCUGCGCCGAGGACGUCAUCCUGCUGCUCAUGCACGACACCGCGCACAUGGCGACAGCUGUCGACACGCUCGGGGUGCCCCCCGAGGCGAACGCGACGCGGCUCUGGAUGUACGACUGGUGGGUGGCGCGGGACAUCGACGGGCAGACGAUGAAGGUGCCGUUCCCGCCAACCAAGGUCAACCAGAGCAUCAAGUGGUUUGAGGAGGGCAAACCCAUUCCCGUGUACUGCUCGUGCAACGGGAUGGUGAGCGUCGACUCGCGCAUAUUCUACGACAAGAAGCUGACGUUCCGGUCCAAGAGCUGGCACGGGGAGUGCUCCGCAUCCGAGUACUCGCACUUUUGUGCGGACGUGUGGAGAGUCUACGGUCCGGACACGCGCAUUGUGAUGGACGGGCGGGUCGUUGUGGCCUAUCAAGAGCAGGAGUGGAGACACGUGGCCAUGGCCCGCCGAAAAGCGGUCCCCCCCCACAUGUCCACCCCGCAAGACGUGGGCAUCCGACCAAACCCGUGGCUGCCUCUACCCCCCGUAGAUCGCACCCUUGUGUAUAACACGCUCAAGCAUAUACCAGCCCACAUCGAACCACCCAUUACAACCAGCUGCGUACCGAUUCACGAGGACAGCGCGCGCGAGGCAGUUCCGCGCUGGGCAUACGAGAUCAUGACCCCCAACCCGCUCGCGAGCCCGCCCAACGACUGGAAGUGGUCCGCGUUGAGCCAAAUUCGAGACGACUGGAAGCUGCCGCGUGAGAGCGAGCCUGGUUUGUCUCUCAGUCACAACACAGCCGCAGGCCCUCUCAACGCGUACGGCUACCCGCUGUCGCCCCACGCGUCGCGGCUCUACAGCGGGAACGUAAUCCGGAUCGGGGAGGGCAGCCGGCUCGUCUCCAGAAACAUGAAGUACAUGCUGUUGUUCCAGUACGAUCGCAGAGUGGUGACGUAUCAGCUGGGUUUCCCGCUGAAAGCGGUGUCCGAGUGGCAGCCCGACACGCUGAGCAGCGUCCACGUGGCAAUGCAGAGGGAUGGCAAUGUAGUGCUGUCUGGGACGAACGGCGCCCCCAAAUGGUCCUCCGAGACAGCCGCCGGGAACAAAGCGUACAUGGAGCUGUCCAACAACGGAACGCUCGAGGUGCGGGUAGACACCAACGGAGCGUCGCGGCUGCUCUGGACUAAGUCCACCAUCGCCCCUCUGAAUCCAAGUAAAGGCCCGGCUCCCAUGGGCGUUGGCGGCGGCAUUUUUGUUUCUUUAACGCUACUCGAGGGCGCGCAUAUAAACGAGGACUUAGGGGAGCUGUUAGAAGGGCUCUGUGUAAACAUGGUCGGCCGCAUCUUCGUCUCGGUUGCAACUGUGGGGCCGACGAAAUGGCCCCCUUGGCGGUCGGCCAUGUCCGGUAUUCUGAUCGCCCAUCUCGCGUCGCACAAUAAUACGGGGUGGUUUGAAACGGCCGAGGAAGCGGUUAAGUAUCACGAGGGCAAUUAUCGGACGUUUGCGGCGGACCGCGAGGGCUUAUGCUCGCUCCGGAUCAACCCGGAAGCCAGGGGCUUGUACACCGGAGACAUUCUGUAUGAUUUCGUGAUCGAGUCGUUAGAAAGAAAAGACAAGGAUUGCUGUGAAAACAUGUUCCAAGGUGACGUGGAGCGGGUUAGCAUAGAUUGUAGUUGUCGAAUGUGUCCGGAAAAAAGGCCCGUAAAAAUAGCGGCUGGCAAAGCAGUAGGGACAACUUAAGUUGUAAGGCAUAAUUUAUGUACAUUGGAUGCUGCUGACUAUGCGGGCUCAACCUGCCCCGACGUUAACCUUGGUCAAAAUAGAGGUCAAUUGAGGAUCGUACGGCUUAGGUGGUAUCAAUCUUCGGCUGAAGGUUUAGCAACCCACAGAAACGCAAGGCUAUUGUUACUCUUUGUUUAAAUUUGACGCGGUUAAAACCGCACCUGUUCUUUAAGCUUCAGUAGCUCUUCCCGCA